AUGUCCACCCCCACGCACUACACAGCCCUCGUCAUUGGCGCGGGCAUCGCAGGCCUCAAGGCCUGCAACGAGCUGCAUGCCAACGGAAUCGAUUCAGUGAUCUGCAUUGAGUCACGUGACCGCAUCGGCGGACGUCUCCACGCAGAGCAAGGCCGCAACGGCAAGUACGAGGUGGGCGCCGCGUGGCACCACGACACCUUGAGCAACGGCUUGUUCCUCGAGGAACUCAGCCUACCAGCAGAGGAACGCGCAGACUUCGUCUUCGACGACGAGGACGCUACCUGUCUCGUCGACAAGAACUCCGGCAUCGUCAACGUCGACCAGCUCGAUACCUUGAGACACGAGUUCGAACGCUGGGUCGAAAUGAAAUACUACCAAUCACUCGGCGUCAAAGACCUCCCAUACUUCGACCUCUGUAUCGAAUUCUGCUACCAGAAAAGAGACUUGCUCACAAACGACCAAUUGUUCCACUUGCCCCAAUUGCUCAGGUAUAUGGAAUUGUGGCACGGUGUUGAUUGGUACGGCCUUAGCGGCAAGUUCUCGGGCAUCGAACACAACGGCAGAAAUGCCCUCGUCUUCUCCUACGAUAAAAUCGUCUCAAGAAUCGCAAAACCAAUAAAAGACAAGAUCCACCUCAACGAGUCCGUGUCCCUUGUGAAAAAAUUGCCCAACGGCGGGUUCCAAGUGCAAUCAGAUAAGGGCAAUUACACCUGCGAUUACUGUAUAGUUACCGUGCCUCAAUCCGUCCUCACUUUCUCCUGCAAGGACCCCGAGCCCUCCGCCAAGACCGCAGCAAGAAUCCAGUUCGAUCCACCGCUAAACUCUGCCAUCACCGAGGCAUUGACGGAAAAAUCGUCCUUCGGAUCCUUGGGGAAAGUCAUCUUCGAGUUCGACAAAGUGAAAUGGUCCACCAAGUGCGGCAGAUUCCUUACCGCUCAUGAACAACCACAGGAUUUUGUCGAAACCGUUAGAAACUCAGAUGACUUGCACCAUCUGCUAUCCACAAUGAGAGAAAAACUACCAAGAAGCAACGACGAUAGUUGGAAAAAUCCAACAUACAUUGUUAACUUGGCUAAGCGUACCGGAAUCCCAACUUUCGUCGCGCUCACUCAACAACCUCUCACAGAAUACUUGGAAACGCUAUCAAAAGAAGAAGUGGAACAAUUCUACAGACCAGUCAUCAACAAAUUGCUCCACUCCCUAGACGCUCAAGAUUACAUCUGUGAUCUACAAGACAAGAUCCCAGAUUCUGACUCUGAAGCACCCGUCUUGAAAAAUAUCAUCACCACGAAAUGGUCUUCCGACCCAUUCGCUCUCGGUGCUUACAGCGCUUGCAAACCGGGAGACGACCCAAUGGAUUUGGUCAUCGCAUUGAGUGCGGGCCAGGGCAACUUGAGAUUCGCUGGUGAACAUACCAUCAUGGAUGGUGCAGGUUGCGCUUAUGGUGCUUGGGAAAGUGGUAAAAGAGAAGCUAAGUAUAUCCUUGACAAAGUAUUUACAAGAUAA